AUGCGCUGUGGCCAAUCAAUCAGCGCGCAGGUUGAAAGAGAGAACCAGAGCUCGAUGGACUUGUGUGAUAGUCUUGAGAAAGCAAAGCAGAAAACUUCACAUGAUCUUCACAUAAAAGAAUCUCCCGUUAGCAUUCAAUCAGGGCAGCUGGAUUUCAACCAGCAAGAACUGAAAAGAUACAAAUGUGAGCUUGUGAGAAACCAGCAAAUAUCGGCUGCAGGAGACUUUUCAUUCCGUGGUACUCCACAGGAAAGUUUUACUGCUUCUUUAACACCAGUUCAUCAUGGUGCUAAGUUUGAAGAAUUAGAAGAAAAAUACAAGAGUAAAAAGCUAGAAGUAGAACUGAGAGCUCUCCAGGCUAAGAAAAUAAAUGAGCCUCAUCAUCAAAGCAAUUUGAGUCCCAGGGAGAUUGCUUGGCACCCGGCUUCAUCAGCUAUGUUUUCAUGGCAACAAGAAAAGGCACUAUCGAGAAAUCAAGAAAGACCUGCAAGGAGUUCUACAACAUCCUCUUUUCCAUGGGAGAAAGAAGAAAAUUCUAGUAUAGCAUAAGAGAACAAGUUCACCGACGGCUUUGCUGAGAAUUAUAAUUCUUCAUUCAUAAUCCAUCUAAGAGCACAGAACCAGGAGUUACAGUCCACUAUUAAAGACCUAAAACAUCAACUGCAAGCUCAGGAAAAAAUGAAGAAAUCCUAUAUGAAUAAACAGCAAGAGACUGAACUGCAGAUGGACAGGAUGAACUUGGAAUUAACAGAGAAGGAUAAAGAUCUGAAAAAAACCAAAGAUGAACCAACCCAAAUGAGAACACAACUUGAUCAAGCUACCACACAGGUCCAAAUGAUGGAGCGCAUGAAAAGAUUGUCAGAAGAACUGAAUUGCCAAAGACGAAAUGCUAAGAGUGUUUGUCAGACUUUAGAAUAGAAAAUAAAGGAAAAGGAAUACCAAAAGGAACUCUCUUGUCAGCAACGUUUCUUACAAACAUUGGAUCAGCAGUGCCACUGGAUAAGAAACCAACUGAAUCAGGAACUACAGCAAGACAACAGUAAUUUCAGCGCUCUGAAGGCAGAAUUUUACAAAGUAAUGGCAGUGAAACAAUGCUUGGAAUAGGAUACCAGUGAUCUCACGCAGAAGCUGCACAGAGCUGAGCUGGCUUUGUUAGCAGCCCAGGCUAAGGAAACUGAUUUGACAAGAAGCUUUGAGAAGGUGAAGUGAAAGGAAUGCCUUCUUUACUGCCAACUGGAAAAAAAAUUGCAAGAGAUUCACAGACUUGAAGAAGAACUUAAUAAGAUCAAGCAGUCUCUAAAGCAGAGCCAGAAUUUUGCAGAAGAGAUGAAAAAUAAGAAUACUUUUCAGGAAGCAGAGCUGAAGUUCCUAGAAGAGAAAUAUAAAAGCCAAAAGAGAUCCCUUUCACUGGAGAAGCUGAAAAUAGCUUUAGCUGGCAUGGAAAAGCAACAAGAUUCUAUCAAAGACCUUUUUAAGGAAAAAGAAAAUAGUAUUAAAGAACCAAACUGUAGAGUAAGUAAGAUGAAGGAAGAAUUGGAAGCUUUACAGAGCAUCCUUGGAUUCAAGCAGAAUGAAUAUGAAGAAUGGCAAAAAGAGUUUACUGCUUUUUCUCAAUGGAAAAAUGAAAAAGAUCAUCUUAUACAUAAACUUAAGUCUGAAAAGGGAGGUAUGCUGAUUCAUAUUAGUGACUUGUAGAAUUCCCUUCAAAGUCAGCAAAUCAAAAAUAGUGAGAAACUCAGAAUGAUGGGAAUAGAAAGUGACAAGAAAAGGACAGAGAUCAGAGAACUUAAAAACAAGCUGGAACAGAAAAGCGCAGAAUUAGAAGAAACAAAAAAAGCUUUCAGUGAACUUCAGCAGAAAGCAGAAUGUUCUGAUAAAAAGUACUGUGAGGAGAUAGAUAAUAUGUCCUGUAAAAUAUACCAGUUUACCAACCAACUAUAAGAAAAUUUACAAUUAGCAGCAAAUAAAGAACUGCAAUGGGAACAGUGUUGUCAUGACCUUCUUGGUGAAUAUGAAAAAAUCUGUUGUCUUGUAAAAGCAAAAGAUGCUUCAGAAAUGACAGAAGAUGGAGAAGUUAAUUCACGGAAUGGUGAGGAUAAAACUGUUCUAGAUAAUACGCAACUUUCAGCAAAUAACUCCAUUGGCAGGGAUCAUGGAUGUGCAAGACCUCUUCUGGAAGUCAGAAAAACUAAGGAUCUGGCCAUUUUACAAGAUCAAGUAUUUUCUCUUGAGGUUUUCUUAGUGGCUCAAAACCAGCUGAAUUCACAUCAGCAGCAGCAGAUUGAAGAGUUACUGCAAAUAAAGAGUGAAACAGAACAGUUAUUUAAUAUAGAGCAGAUCCAUGGAAGCUUUGUGACAGAAACUAAACAGUGCAUUAGUAACUUGCAAGUAAGUAUUUCAGCACAUCAGAAUUUCAUUAAAAAGACUUUAGCUGUUCUUGAGGAAAAGGAUGUGCAACUGCAAACACUGAAUAGAAGAUCAGUAAACCAACAAGCUGAGCUUCAGGAUUUAAGGAUCAAUAAUAAAUUGCUGGAAGAUGUUGAAGUAACACAGCUGAAGCUCAUGUCUGGAACACGGGAUUCAGAUAAAGACAUGUCUUCAAUAAUUUGUUGAUAUACCAAAAAAAAAAAUCAGGUUUUUACUAAAGAAAAUGCAGCUCUUAAGGAUUUAAGCAGAGAUUUAGAGCAAGAACAAACAACUUUACUGGAAGCAAAUAGAAGUAUUUCUAUUAGUUUGAAGGAAAAAGAAGAAUCAAUUUCUGAAAUGUCCAGAAAACACAAGGAAGAACAAUGUAUUGAAUUAAGAACUGAAGAAAUUAAAAUAGAGCUUAAAGUUUUGCAAGCAAAGAAUACAUUGGUGGAAGAAGAAAAUGCAAAUGUGAUGAGCAUUCUGAGAGAGCAAACAAUUGAAUCUGAGGAAAAGGAUGCAAAAUUAGAACAAGGAAAACAGAUACUUAGUGAGAAUAGGGGUAUCUUGAGCAAACUAAUAGCUUCAGAAGAAAUAAAAUUUCAGCAGCUACAGUUGGAAUUUUCCAGUAUCCAACAUGUGCCUUCUACAGGGAUUGACUGUUUAAGACAGGACAUGUUAAAUAUCAAGGUAACACAAAAUACAAUGAAAGAGAAAUGUAGUACCGUAUUUAUGAUUCAGCUGCAUCUCACUAUGCCAGAAAAAAAUGAACCGACUAAGAGGCUGGAGAUAGUCCAGAAAGAACUACAAGAAAAAGAAAGUGAAAUUAAGAGAGAAAUAUCAGAAUAUAAAGACAGGCUAGUUCAAGCAGAGAAACAUCAUCAGGAUGCUCUGACAGAAAUGGAACAGGAAAAGGAAAUGUUGCAGAAACAACUAGCUGAACGUGAUGAACUAUUAAAGAAGGACCAUAAGAAAGAAGGUCCUGAUGAGAAGGCCAUUACAGAAGAAAUGAAAUUAAAACUGAAAGAACCACAGGAAUGUGCAGAAUUGAAAACCAGAGAAGCAGAUGAGCACUUGGAGAAAUACCGCCCUCUACUUAUUAAGUAUUAUAAACUAGAGGAAGAAAAUGAGAUGCUAAAAACACAAGUCAAUUGGUUGAGUGCUGAGCUGAAACAGUCAACAAGUGAUUCUGUCAGUGCUUCUUUGCAGAAUUCACCUAAGCCAUUAACAAUGAGUAAUGAAUCUGUCAAAGAGAUAUGGUCAGAUGAAGGUACUACUAGGCCUUCAACUGAAAGGCAGAGAUACGAGGACAACAGGAAAGAUAAUGGAGAACUAAGAUCCCCUGUGCCAGAGAUCACCAAAAGAAAAAAGGAUGAUAUCUGUCAAAAUCAGCUGGGUCAGGAGGACACAUACUAUGACCUAGAUGGGCUUCCAGAAGUAGUGAAAAAAGGGUUUGCUGAUAUCCCCCCUGGAAAGGGUAGCCCUUGCAUUUUACCCAGAAUAUCCCUAAAUCUAAGAACCAGUCCCCAUCCAGCUUCCUCAAGUGAGAAAUUGCCUUUGCCUACACAAGCUGUGCAAAAAUGCAGACCAGAUAAUCUUGUCAAGCACUCCCGUUGAACACCUGGUGGCAGCAAACCACAAAAGGUAGAUGAUGAACAGUCCCAAGCAGUAACAGCUUUUCCACUGGAGAAAUCUUCUUCAAGGUCACUGCUUUGUCUGCAUAAGCAAUCCACAAAAAAUCUCUCUCAUAAUAAUAGGAAGCAUCUUAUGAUGCACAACCCCAAAAAUUCUCUAACUGAACAAGGACUACCUGAGCAGGAUGAGCAAAAAGAAAACUGUAAGGUGCAGUAAAUUGAUGUGGACUUAAUCACAAGUCAGAAUAAUUGACUAUCGAAACCAAGUUUGUAAAAUAAG